ACCUUUUGACGUUUCUAAAUUUUUAAUGUUUGUUUUUAAUUUGUUCCGUAAUAAAUACAAAUGAAUUUAACGCAGGUGCCAAAAACUCUAAUUAACACAGUAUGUGAGACACAAAACGAAGUACAAAACAGGGUUUUAAAACUCGCUCUAGCAAUACAACAAUCGCCAAACCAGGAUCGUACAAAAAUAAUAGAUAAAAUUUGCCAUGAGUUUAACAUUCCAAAGGAAACCCUGCAUUGUAUCCUAGCAGUGUAUCUGUCACUUAUAAGAUUCUUCCUCGAAGUUAAUGACAAAGAGUACAACAGCAGGCUUUUGGAGCUGGGAUUUACUGAAAACUUCGUGGAGUCGUUGCCAUUAAUUAGUAAUAGGGAAGAUGUUGUCAACAAAAUACAAUUUGCCACUCACACUGAUUUUGGCAAGUUGUCUUAUUUAAAAUGGAGAAUUGAUAUUAGUUUAGUUAAUAGUACAUUAGUGAAGAAGGUACCUACAAGUGUGAUAUUAAGUGUUAGUAUGAAGAACCAGAGGAAAAUAACAAUUACUGUGGAUGCAAAAAAUUACCAUAAGUUAAGAUUUAACAUAGCUUUAAUUUUAAAAGAACUAACAUGUUUAAAGGCGAAUUAUUUAAAUAAAUGAUUUGUAAUUAAU